GGUUUCUUUUGAGCAAAGCACCUGGUUUGAUGCUAGGACCAUGUGUGGGUUGAACGGCGCGGAUCUCGUGAUUGUCAAUGAUGAAACAGAACUGAGUUUCUUGUCUGGUCUUGUGGGAACAAGCAGCACAUGGAUCGGCUUGUAUGUCAAUCACAAUGUCUACUCUCACGCUCUGGUGUGGGUGGAUGGAAGCAUCAUGGCCUAUAGACCCAAUCAUUUUCUUUACUAUGAGACCAGUGAGGACAGCUGCAUGUACAUGAAGUCAAGUGGGUACUACUCAAGCAUUUGCAACCAAAACUAUGGUUGGAUAUGUGAGAAGAAGUUGGAAAAAAUGUCCUACUUCCAUGCAUAAGUAAAAAUUUUGCCAAGAAAUCUUCCACUUAUUUUAUGUAGAGACUUAUCCCAACCCUAACAUUAGCAAUAAUCAUUAAUCAUUGGGUGUUUAAUGUCUGUUUUAACAAU